GCCAAUUCUCGCUUCUCGUAAUCCGAUUAAAAACCCCCAGGCUGCGAACUCGUACCCCAACAUUACCUAAGUCUAGGCAUUGGACCCAUCUUACGGCUAUCCACUGAGCUGCCUGGGGCAACGAGCUGUGCACGUCCGCACGCACGACAAAUAUUUUCCCAGUAAGAUUAUGUGGCAGUAAUAAUCCUGGUACCUCUCAUACAACCAAGAUUAGGCGAAAGACGACGUACCAGACAUCGCGUUUCAUUCUGAUCUCUCUAUUGGUUCCCAUCCUGGUGGCGAUCGGUCGUCGACGCUCUUCGCAACUCUGAAAUGUUACUGCUUACUCGCUCAUCAAGGGGUUCGGUGGAGUCUCAAAUCAUACCAAAUACCCAGCAACAAAAACUUUGGGAACCACCAGCGAGGUUCUCGGUGGCUGCAGAUUUGCAGGGGGCUUUGUUAAUUGGUAUUUCUCUUGCCCAAAAGAGGUCUGUUUCCCACCUUGACAUAAAUCGGUCGUAGCCUCUCUUCUUGCUUGUGUCUGUGUCGAACGCCGUCGUCUUCGAUGUGAAUAUCUACAAUACUGUCCGAUUCUUUUUUUUAAUAGGCUCACAUGGCUACUCAGGGCCGAUUGAAUGGUCAGGAGUUGAUCGACUCGGCCUGGAAGCAACAACCGUUCGAACCGGUAGGAUUUGCUGCCACUGUCAGUCGUGUUCAGAUCGCAUUGCUGGUCCUCACCACCCUACUCAUAGGGCUUCGAAUAUGGGCUCGAGGUUGGAUUUUUCGUGACUUGAAGAUCUGGGGAUGGGACGACACUCUUGCGCUCCUUAGUUAUGCCACUUUUAUACCCUCUUGCGUAUUCACCAUAUACGCUUGCCAAUAUGGGCUCGCGACUGCGGAUGCCGAGCUGACGGAUAGUCUGAAAGCCAGAGCCGCCCUGUACAUGGGUUAUUGGCAAAUGCACUAUGCUUGCUCGUCAAACUUAGUCAAGGCGGGUAUUGCUGUCGCCCUGUUGCGUUUGACGACGACCCAAAAGACAUACCGAGUUAUCAUCCUUGGUAUCCUGAUAUCGACUCCCAUCUUUACAGUUGCUGUGCUCAUCGUCCUAAUCUCUACGUGCCGUCCCUUGGGAUCUCAAUGGGAUUUGGCUUUGGGUUCUUGCGGGGUUCACACCGCCAUGGCUUACCUCAGCUACAUCUUCACUGUUUUCACUGUGAUCCUCGACUGGGCGUGCGCGAUGAUUCCUUAUCUUCUCCUGAAGGACCUCGAAAUGCGACGGCAUGUCAAGAUAUCACUCAUAGUUGUCCUAGCUUUUGGAAGUUUGGCAGGAGUUUGCGCUAUCAUUCGACUACCAUUUCUGAAGUAUUAUCUUAUAGAAGAGGAUCAGCUACUUGGAUUUGCGAACAUCAUACUCUGGUCUAAUGUCGAGAACGGUAUCGGAAUUAUUGCUGCAGCCCUGCCGCCUAUACGUAAACUCUUCAGGUAUUACGGAACGACAAAAGACCGGUCGUCUAACAAUAAGACGGGGGCCCUGAAGACGAUAGGGGGCACGCCAUUAACUAAGAAUACUGUAUCGACUCAGUUAAAGAACUUGAGCCCGAGGAAUACAAAGCGGUCGGAAUUGGGCUCCGAGGGAAGCGGGCCUUGGAAUAGACUUGACGGCGACAGUUCCAGCAAGGAGAACAUGAUAGUGCUUUGAUUCCGCAAGAGCGGGUUAGGAAAAGUUAUAAUGUAAUAUCCCAAUGCUGGCGGAGCCUGAGCAGUAGGAUUUUGAAAUUAAUCAUAUUAGUAACUGCUGACAUGUACGCUAGAGACUACUCAAUAUUCUAGAAAUAGCGGUGCUGAUCUUUCGAUUCUAUUCUUGACAAUGUCCCUCGUCAUGUCAUUUGUUAAACUCCAUUGUAUACCUAGUAACGUGGAAUUGUGACCACAAGAA